AUGUUUUCCAGAGGAAUACAUGUGCUUUUAGAGAUACUGAUGAAUCUUUACUCUUUACUUCCCUGUAGGAUUUCGUAUGACCCCACAAGGUAUCCUAAAUACAUUCCUGAAGCCUACUGUCUGUGCAAAGGCUGCCUGAUGGGGACCUUUGGGGAGGAGGACUUCCACUUCCGCAGCACCCCGGUGUACAUGCCCACCGUCAUCCUGCGCCGCUCCGCGUCCUGCGCCGGCGGCCGCUACGUCUACACCGAGGACUACGUCACUAUCCCGGUGGGCUGCACCUGUGUCCCUGAGCAAGACAAAGGGGCUGAAAGUGUAAAUUCCAGCAUAGACAAGCAAGAAAUGAAGUUGCUGGUAAGCCAGAACAAGCCAUCGUCAGAAUGA